AUGAGACGCGGUGGUGGCAGAACGAGAUGCGCACAACCGAGAUCCAAACAUGAGUCAUCGUCGUCGUCGUCGUCGUCGUCGUUGGAUGUAUUUCAAACCCCACCAACAUCUGCGGGUGAUGUGACGCCUCCUCCAGUACGAAGGACAUGCAGGGGCGGCACCACGCGACGACAUCAAUAUAAAAAGGACGACGACCAUUCAACAUCGGCUAGCUUGGGGCAACAGGGGCUACGGGCUCCCGCGAAUGCUCCCGUUACCGGUGGUGUAGUGCGUCGCAUGAGAUGGUCUCAAUCCAUCAAUGAGAGCGUCAUGCGUGCGUACUAUGGGGCGACAGAGGGGGGAACUAACCUCACUUCGUACCGAUCAAGGAUGCUGUCCAUGUUUCAGGCGCUUCAACCAACAAUGACCGUGACUGCCCAACGAUUGUCGGAUCAGGUGCGGGCUAUCCAGCGACGUCACCUGCUGGAUGAGGCUCAACUUGAGCGGCUGCGCUUAGCCUUACCACAGAUAAAUGCCAUCCGUAGCUUACCUCAGCAAACAGUGCAAACCAACAUCCAAGAGGAGUUACAGGAUGGUGUCGAUCUAGCAGUAAGUACUGACCAGGAUGAUGUGCUUUUGAGGAGUGCUUUGGAAGAUGCGAUUUUGAUGUAUAGGUAUAAACCUCUUCAUUUAAGACCAAAACUGCCUCGGUUGCCCAUACAUAGACGAAAUAUGGCGUUAGUGGGAGUUCUAGACCAGAUAUUAGGUGAAUACCUCAUAACAUCUGAGGACCUAAGUGAUACGCAUUCGAUUCUAUUCUGCGGAGCCGUUACGGCGUGUCGUAUUGCAGGUAUUCAAUUCCCUGAACCACGUACGACUCCGCAGCGGACGGAUCAAGCUCCAGCUUGGCGGAUCAGAAUUGAAAGGCGUAUCACACUGGCUAGAACUCUCAUUGCUAAGCUUAUCUGCUUCAGAGAGGGUAAUAAUCGCCCUAGAGUCAUGCGAUUUGUGAGCCAGGCUUUUGCUGGGAGUAACAUACAUCCGUCCCAGUACUUAGUCUGUGUUACGGAUCGCAUUGACUUCCUGAAGCAGAAAGUUUAUACAUGGGCACAACGUAUCAGGCGAUACAAAGAGCGUUAUGACCGAUACCAUCAGAAUCGUAUUUUUCAAAGAGACCAACGGAAAGUGUAUAGGAACUGGGAACGAUCUGGUGCUAGUGUGUCAGAUGGGGAACCACCGACUUCCGAUGCUAUGUCAGACUUCUGGCGUAGUAUCUGGUCGGCCCCUGUAUGUCACACUAAUGGUAUUUGGAUGAACGUUGUCAGGGAAAAAUGUGCAGCGGUGGAACCAAUGAUUCCAAUUACUAUUACGGCGGAUAACGUAAGUUGUGCAAUUCGACUGGCAUCAAACUGGAACUGUCCAGAUCCGGACGGACUGCACAACUUCUGGCUAAAAUGGUUCCGUAGUGCGCAUUUUGUCUUGGCAGCGCAAUUUCAAAAUGCCAUUGACACUAAGUCGUUACCGACAUUUAUGACAACUGGUGUCACGUUCCUACUACACAAAUCCGGAAAUACCACGGACACUAAAAACUUCCGACCGAUUACAUGCUUACCCACAAUCUAUAAGCUACUUACAUCCAUUUUGACAUCAAAAAUAACGACGCAUAUCAAUGCAAAUAAUAUUUUGGCCAAUACUCAGAAUGGAUGUAAGUCCCGGUCUCGUGGUACAAAGGAACUCCUCAUCAUUGAUACUGCUAUUUGCCAGCAGGUUCGGCGAAACAGAAAAAACCUCAUGGCUGCUUGGAUUGAUUACAAGAAGGCCUAUGAUUCGGUGCCUCAUUCGUGGCUCAUGGAAGUCAUUCGGUUGUAUAAAGUCGAUGCAACUCUAUGCUCUUUUCUUGAGUCAUGCAUGAGGCAGUGGAUGACAGUCCUUCGUCACCCAGGAGCUGUUGAGAACUCUGAAUCGACUGAACCGAUAGGAAUUAGGCGGGGUAUUUUCCAGGGCGAUAGUUUGAGUCCUCUAUGGUUUUGCCUAGCCCUUAAUCCUCUCAGUACUUGCUGA